GUAACCUAGGUCAAAGGGGCAGAUCCAGCCAAAGCCCUUCAUUCUUCAUUCAGUAUGGAGGAGAAGCUCAUCAGUGCCGUGGCUAAUCAUCCAGAGCUAUAUGAUGCUAGCUGCUACUUUUACCGAGACAGGAAUAAAAAGGACCUAGCUUGGAGGCACAUAAGUGAGGAGAUCGGGCAACCUGAGGACAUCUGCAGGAGAAAGUGGAAGAGCCUCAGGGACACGUAUAAUAAGGAGAAGAGGACAGAGAAGGAGAAGAGGAGUGGGUCUGCAGCAGGAUCGGGGAGGAGAUGGAAGUUCUUCGCGGUCAUGGGGUUUCUGGACCCCUUCCUCACCCCGCGGGAGACUAGCGGUAAUAUGAGUCAACUGAUUAUGCAGCAGAACCAUCCCGUUGCUUCUCCUGGCUCUCCAGCCCCUGGUCCCUCCACUCCUGCUGCUGCACCCACAGGCCCACAGAGGACAGCUCGAAGGCGGUCGAGGGACGGGUCCCAGGACGGUCCAUCGGCAGUGGAGCUGGCCAUCCUGGAGUCCCUAAAGAGGCCACGCCAGUCUCCAACAGAACAUUUCCUCGGCCUUGUUCCUGCUCUGGAGAGCAUGCCGCCUCAGACACGAGAAUUCGUGAAAUUUCAAAUGUGUAAAUUAGCUUUUGAAAACAGCACAGCUGUGUUAAAUUUGGAAACAUUGGACCCUAAUGAUCAGUAGUUUUCUGAUGAGGCAGCAGGCUCUCCAGGGCAGAAACAAUGUUCUUAUUUUUCUCCUCCUUCUCCCUGAGGCUUUUCCAUUCCAAGCUGGGUCCUUUUUAUUC